CCAGUAGUUGCAUGUUACUAUGCGCUUGCAAAAAUCUGUCACAGCCCGCCUUCCGUUUGCAGCCUUGCCAACAAGGAGCAGCAUUAAGGGCGAUAAUUUGACGCAUUUUUUUUUUUUUUUUUUGAUUGAUGAGGAAGACAGUGAUUUUGGGGAGCUCGCAGCUCAACCGAACACUGCCUGCUCAGAAAACCGUUCUGUCUGAUCUUUAAACAAAAACUUGUCGUUUCUUUUGGGGACUUUUUGAAAAUCUGUAAGCUUAUUUCAACGAUCAGAGAACAGGAUGUGGCUCUGCUUUAUUUGCGCCAACGGAGCUCCUGUUUGCUCACAUGCCAGGUUUUUACGCGGGCACAGCGAUUCGAGGCGGUUUCACUUACAGGAGGGGGAUACUUCCUACACAGCUGGAGCUGCAGUGAAAAAUUUGUAUCCUUUCGAUGCUUCUGUAGUUUCUUGUUUAUUAUGCUGGUUUUGCUGCGUAAACAUGACGCUGCUUGUGGGUGUGUAAUCUAUGAAGCGCUUUUUAUUGAGUUUUUCCCUCCCUGUCUGAAUGAGUAUUUGACGGCUGGAUGUGUUUACAGGAAAUCACCAUGGAGCAGCUGGAGGAGGAGCUGACRUGCCCGGUCUGCUGUGGGCUCUUCGAGGACCCGCGCGUCCUGCUGUGCUCCCACAGCUUCUGCAAGAAAUGCUUGGAGGGGCUCCUGGAUGGGCUCCGAGCUCCCAGAACGCCCCUCAAAUGCCCCACGUGCCGCAAAGAGUCCCCCCACAACGGCGCAAACAGCCUGCAGAUCAACUACUCCCUGCGCGCGAUCGUGGAGAAGUUCAGCAAAAUAAAGGUGCCCCCUAAAAUGUCCGUCUGCAAGCAACACUACGACCAGCCGUGCAACAUCUUCUGCGCCACAGACCUCAGGCUCAUUUGCGGAUUUUGCGCAACCGCCGACGAGCACGGGGGCCACAGAUUCUGCUCCCUGGAGGAUGCCUUCGAGCUGGAGAAGAAGGCGUCCGGGAUGCUGAUUCGGCAGGUGGAGAGCUGGCGCAGCGCGGAUGCGCUCUCCUGCCUGGAGACGCUGCAAGCCAACAAGAAAAAGACGCUCCAGUUGGUGAGCGAGGACGCGGAGAAGGUGGCGGACUACUUCGACAAGCUCGUCGGUGCGCUCGAGAGCAAAAAGAGCGAGAUUCUGUCCGACUUCGAGACGCUGCGCCUGGAGGUGAUGCUGGCGUUCGACCCGAAGAUCAGCCAGCUGCGCGUGGCGCUGCAGGAGCAGCAGGGCGCGCUCAGCAUCGCGCAGAGCAUGGGGAGCGCACCCGAGCCGCUGGUCUUCCUGCAGCAGAUGCAGGAGUUUCGAGAGAAGAUGAAGGUCCUGGAGGAGACUCCUCUCCGGUCGCGCAAAGACGCGCUCGUCGGACCGCUCGUGCGCAACUUCGACGUAAAGAAGUGGGAUUCCCUCCAACUCGGAGAGAUCGACCAGAUCUCAGUCCCGCACGAAAGUGGAGCGUACAGAACCAGUGGCUCACGGAAGGCGGGGUGCAGAUGGGUCGUUCUGGUCCUGAUUCUGUUCGUGGCACUCCCCCUCCUCCUCCUGCACAGCGCAGGAUGUGAUGAUGGUAGUUGGAUGAGAGCCCCGUUUGUCACCAAACUUUCCUCCCACACUAAAGAAAUGACUGACAUGUUGAUGGCUGCAGGAAUACCUUAUGUGGGAGAAGAGAGGCGGGAAAAAGAAGAAGAAAAAAAGAUGUAAAAUCGGACCACAAAGGGAAUCCGUGAUGUCAGCACAGCCCAGAUUUCAGGCUGUGCGUCAUGGCACGCCUGUACAUAUAUAUAGCUUUCUGUUGCUGGGCGAAUAUAGGAUGAAAACACACGAGUCCGCAUUAAUGUUUCAACUGCAUUGUCACGCAAAAUUUAAAUGGAUACUUAAGUAAUUUCUAUAAAAAAGGUAGCUACAACUUUUAUUGACUGAUAAAAACAUUUAGAGCGCACGAUCAAUUUACGUUUUAUCCAAAGUGCGCUUGUUGAGAGAAUAAAAAAACACCUAAACUGGUUUAAAUUUGGCACCAAACGCGUGAAUAUAAUUUAGUGAAUUACAUGUUUUAUCACCUUUUUAGUAAGUAUGUUCUUUUGUUUUUAAUUACUGUGACAGAGCUCACAGGUGAAACGAAGUCCGAAGGAGGCUGAUGCGCAAUACGCACGGAUCUUUGCUGCAUAACUCCUUUAUGUAUUCAUAAAGGUGAAAAUACAUUUUAUACAUAAAUUCAGAAUAUAGGUAGGCCUAUAACGACUUACGAAAAAAAUGCUGAAUUUCAGCUCAUAAAUCACGUCUUAAUUUUAUGUUUAUUAUUAUUUUUGCAGGCGUCACAUUUUAUUUCCUAAUUAGAUCCUGCACAAUUAAAAUUACUGUCUCCAAUAGAAAUUUUAGAAAGACAAUAAAUCUUUAAUUCCACUAUACAGUCGCGAUCUGUUCAGAAGUAUUGACCUGGUAACUAUUAUCAUUUCAAAAUCGCAAAUAUAAAAGGGAAAAAAAUCUUUAAAUGGUGUAAAAAUGGGGUUUUCCUCCAAAAUAAAAUAUGAAAAGCACGUCCUGAAAUUCUGAAUUUGCGUAAAAGCAUAAAAAUGAAUCCUGGUUUGUUUUAUAAAUUGAGAGGGAAAAAAAGAAUUCGUCGAGAAUCCACAGAGAGUUUUUGUCAUUGUGCGUAAAAUGAGACAGGGCCCGAGCGAGUUGGAGAUUACAAUAAAUAAAUAAAAUAAAAAAACAGGCCUGUAAUUUUUACAAUUAAUGUAAAAAAGUUGAGAUUUAAUAAAAUACAAAGAAAAAAUAGCAAAGGGCAGGUUCUGACGCAUUAAAUAAAACAAGUAAAACCAGGCGGUUGAUUGGAUUGUUUCGCGGAGUUUACAAUCCUCAAUUUAAAAAAGAAAAUGGAAAAAAAAAAAAAUUACAAUGUCUCCAAGGCCGGUUUAAAAAAAAAAAAAAACACAAAAAUCUGAGAUUAUUGUUGUGCGUCCGGGACAGAUAAAUCGCUCCAGUUAAAAUGGAGGCGACGGCACACCGCAGUGUUUUUAUUCAAAUUGAGUCUAACAUUUAUAUUUAUAUGUUCUGAUACUUUUCAUCACAUCAAACCAACAAAUAAACCAUAAAGAUUGUCGAAAUAAAACCUACAGAAAACACAUAUUGUAAAAUAUAUAUUUUUAGAGAGAUAAAAUCCGGACAGAGUGUGGAUGGAUGCUGUUAGUAAAGAUGGAGAAUCGGCAGAUAAUCUGUCUGAUCAGGCCUCUUCCUCCUCCUCCCAGCAGCGCUGCAGAGGCCGCAGGCCCGCUGAGCUGCUCUCCUCUGCCGGCUGGACUUCUGCAGCAAUGUGGAAAAUAUUCAACACGGAACCAAACAGCAGAUUAAAUACUUAGAAUACUGUUAAAGUUCUACUAGUGAUGGUAAAACAAAACAAAAAACACUUGAGACGAAAUCAAUUCAAAUGUUUAUUUCAAACGCCCUAACAUAAAAAAAAAAUCAUCUACAACUGUGUCCAGCAUUUAUUUCUUCAAGUGGUUAAAAAAAUAGUGAACGUGUAAUUUUCAUGCAGUUUUUGAUGGCAGCAGGAUGGUGUUAUUUGUUGAAAACUGUGUGAGCGGUCAGCUUUGCUUCAGCAGCACGAUCAAUACUGGAGAUUUCAGCUAGUCUUAACUCCAAUAUUUACGUGCUGCUACAGUAAGGCUACCAGCAAAUCAGAGUGAGACGCAUCCACCAACUUUACAUUUAUCAUCAGAAACACUAAUCCAAACAUUAUUAACUGAGGCUGCUUCCACUGUCAGGUCGAACAGGUGGAGGAAGUGACAGAUGUGGUGUAGGUUCAGGCGUUAUUGCGGCAGCACAGUAUGGCCUGCAUCUCAGAGUAACCCACAAACCAUUCCGUGCUGCUACAGCACCACCUGAACUGGAAGCACGGUCCCAUUGCUUCUGGCUCAUCAUCCCAGCUAAUCUGCAUUGCGUGUUUACAGAUAGACAGACUAUUCAGCUACCUAAUGAUGAACUGCAGAAUCUAAUUUUGUUCUUCUACCCGCUUCUGAAAUAGGCAGGGAUGGUCACCAUCUGAAACACAAAAACAGAAGGGGAAAUAUGGAUUAAUACAAGCCUGUAUGGUAAACAUCAAAAAUACUCUCACAAAAUUUUAGAGUUUGGUUACAACCAAAGCAGGCUUUGAUGUUGAGGCUCAGCUCAAUGUCUGAAAGCUGCUGGAGGAGGAUGAGGUCAGGGUUUCCCACAAGAAUAAUCACUUAAUGCAGAAAGGCACUGUCAUGGUGAAACAUGAGGUUUUUUUUUUAACUGAUACCACAUUAGAAGAAGUGUUGAAAAGGACUGUCAUAUGGUGGAACAUUUGUUUGUUUUUUUACACCAGCAGUUCUCAGGCGUGAUUGUACACUGGUUCUACGAGGUCAAAUGUUCUUUGUUUUAUUUAUCCAAAAAGUAAAAUGAAGAUUGUUAUUAAAUGUAGAAAAAACUGUGGGACUACUAAAGUUUUGCAAAACAUGCAACUUUUAAAGCACUUCAAAUAAAACUAGUGACUAAACAAGGUCUUAAUGUUACAAAACUAGCAAAAACCGGCUUGCCUAAAAUAAACAAUACAUACUUUUUUUGCCUACAUUUUUUCAAGGACAAGAACUCCCCAAGUACAGGAUUAUUUUUAAGAUCAGUCACUCGCAUAAGAUCUUAAAUUCUUUAUGAAGUAAGCACUUCUGUCAGAUGUAAUGAUAGUUGAUACAUGACAAAUGCAAUAUCUCAGUGAUGUUAGAUAACUACACCACUGCAAGGCUUACUAAAGUAAUGAUAACCUGACAAAACUUAUUGUAGUUAAACAGGAGAAAAAAAAGAAGCACAACUUUGAAAUGUGGUUAUUUCCAGUUUGAAUAAGUACAAUAAAAAUGUGUCCUAAUCCUAAACAUCAAACACUGUCCAAUAACUGACCCAAAAUGUGGAAGAAAGUACAUACAUGUUAAAAAUGUCUCACAUGUCAUAACCAGACUUUUCCUGUUGUAAGGUUUCAGCUGCAAAAUGUAUCAAAA